UUCUUUUUUGUUUUCUUUAAAGAAAAGGGAGGAUCGAGAUCGAAAUGUUGAACUAACGCACCGAUAUAAAAAAGGGCAUCGGAUGGUAUUACAUUCAGUCCCACAUCAGAUUCCAUACGCCCAACUUCCCUCCUCUACGAAGAUGAAAUUCGUGAUCUGCGUUGUUUCUUGCGUUUGCCGCAGCGAAAGCUGCCCCCAACCCAUCCUAUGUACAGUAUGGAACUGUUCCAGUUGGCUUUCAAAGCCAAUAUCACGCGCAAAAUGAGCUUGGCCAAUACGCGUUUGGUUAUCAAGAACCUAACCAGGUACGGACCGAGACCAAGGAUGCUUUUGGCAUCGUCCGCGGAUCCUACACGUACGGAAACCCAGACGGAACUGUCGUGGUAAACAACUACUACGCAGAUGAGAAUGGCUUCCGCUCUUCUUUAGCACCGUCCAACGGACCACUUCUACCCCUUGUGGGAAAGGCACCUAAAAUGCCUAUCAGCCACGUCCCCAUUGCCGUUGCUGCCGCACCAGUUCCAGUAGCCACUGCACCUGAACAUGUUGUAGCUCCCACGGCAUCGGUGAAAGUUGAGCAGCCAACGGUGGUAAAGUUUGCCGGUGGCCACGUUGCUCCAGUUGCAACAGCUCCACUAGGGAUCAACCCAUACGGAUACGCCUACUCGCCUUACUCCUACCCUUCAUACCACUAUGCGCCUCAUGUUUCGCCUUACGGAACCGUAGUAGUGCGAUCUUGGUAGAGGGCAUCGCAGUAUGAUACGAAUUUGAAUUUGAUUAAAUUCCUCCCUACGCCAUCACAUUCCUUUACAGUUUUGACGGAAAAUCUCGAAUUGAAAUUAAAAUACACCAUCACUUUUCGAA